UUUUGAAAUGCGGUGACUUCGCGGGCUUGCGGUGAAUUUCAAUGUGCUUUUCAACACCGCGCUGAACAGACGUUUUUGUUUUGCCUUCGCGAAUCGAAAAUCGCGACCAAUUUCGACGGCGGAGAAAUUGCUAAAAAGUUAACAAACAAACACGUUUUCCGGAUCACCACGUGGUAAAGAGAAAGUUCAAGGACGCACACAAACCGCAUAGAUAUCCAAAGCUGUAAAAUAUAUAAAUAAAACGCGUGUCUUACAGCAAUUAAAAGUAAAAAUCAGAGAAAGAAAGUGAAACAUAAACAAAUAAGGCUCUGUAAAAAAACGGUUAACAAUAACCCACCAUUCACCAUUGUGUGUGCAGAAGCAAAAACGAAGAAGAUCAAACAACAACAACAAGAACAAUUUCUACUGCGCCGCAGCUUUUUACCGUUGUAGUCGGCUCCACAUCGCCAAAAAAAUUUGAGAACGAACACGAGGACAGCCAUCAAUUAAAAGCGAAAAGCAUUGGAAAAUCGGGGACCGGCGGUGGAAACUGCGAACUUUGUGUUUUUGCGCAGAUUUUCGGAAAGUCGAGGAGGCCGGAAGGCGGGGCAAGGCGGCGUCAUUGAACGCAGAGAUCCCGGACGACGCAGCCGUUGAGCUGUUGUCCGGGACGGAGAACCAAUUCAAUAACAACAACAACAGCAAAAGAGGAGGAGGUGGGCGGAGGAGGAGGGUUUACAGACUAUAGAAGUCACCCACGCACCCGUUCUCUCAUUGAUUGCAACCUCUUGAAGCAACAGAAUGAUCUCAAAUAAAAAAUCGUACGCUAUGAAAAUGCUGCAGCUGGCUUUGGCCUUAAGUCUGCUGCACUACAAUCCGGAUUACCUGCUCCAUCGCUGGGACUCGCAGCUGGAACUGGGCUCCCAAGGCGAUGGCUGGGAGCUGGAAAUGCUGCGCACGGUCCACCGACUGGACAUGGAUCAAAACCCCUAUGGAAAUCGGAAAGGAUUGAGUCCCCGGAUCGAGGAUCUGCUCAACUUUGAUGAUCCCUCCCUCGGAGGAGUGGGAAACGGAGUGGGGGAGUACAAACUCCCCACCAGUUUCAAUGGCAGCACCUUUGUAAUGAACUUGCACAACACCACUGGGAACAGUAGUGUCCAGACGGCUGCUCUGCAGGAUGUACAGAGCAACAGUGCUGGAGCUUCUGCCAGUUCGGUGGGUUCCGGUGGUGGUGCACCCACAUCCGGAGGUCCAACUGGUGGCUCUUCACUGGGAGAAAUUCACAUCGAUACCGCUUCGCUUGCCACUGGAAAUGCCAACCAUUCGCUACUGCAUCCUGCCCCCGAAAUGGACAUUUUCCUCUCCCCGCAAUCACUGCAGGACCAACGCUCUAUAUGGGAACAGAACCUAGCGGAUCUGCAUGACUAUAACGAUCUGAAUCUACAAACCAGUCCAUAUGCAAACCUACCCCUUAAGGAUGGCCAGCAACAGCCGCCGAAUAGCUCGCAUUUGGAUCUCAGUUUGGCAGCACUACUCCAUGGAUUCACCGGCGGAAGUGCCACGCCCCUGAGCAACGCCGCCCUUAAUGACAGCACACCACACCCCAGAAACAUGGGCAGCGUCACAAACAACUCGGCGGGAAGAAGUGAUGAGGACGACGAGGAGAGCCUGUAUUUGGGUCGAUUGUUUGGCCAGGACGAGGAUGACGAGUACGAGGGCGAAAUGGCCGGUGGAGUGGCCAAUGCCUGCGAGGUGGAGGGUCUGACCACCGACGAGCCCUUCGGCAGCGCCACCUUCGCUAACGAGGUGGAAAUCGGAGAUGACGAGGAGGAGAGUGAGAUCGCCGAGGUCCUGUACAAGCAGGAUGUGGAUUUGGGCUUCAGCUUGGAUCAAGAGGACAUCAUCAAUGCCUCCUACGCCAGUGGAAAUAGUGGAGCUAAUGCCGCCAAGUCGAAGCCGCAGGAUGAGGCCAAGUCCUCGGAUCCUUCGAUGUCCGAGGCAAAUGCCUUCAAGGACACCGAUGUGACCGCCGAGAACGAGGCUAGUGGCGCCUCUGCCGACGAUAUCGAGAAGUUGAAAGCUCUGGAGGAGCUUCAGCAAGAUAAGGACAAGGACAAUGAGAACCCCCUGGAGGACAUUACCAAUGAAUGGAACGGAAUACCCUUUACCAUCGAUAACGAAACUGGUGAAUACAUUCGCUUGCCCCUGGAUGACUUGCUGAACGACGUACUGAAGCUUUCUGAAUUCCCGCUCGAAGACGAGUUAUCCAACGAUCCGGUGGCCUCCACUUCGCAGGCGGCCGCUGCUUUGAACGAGAACCAAGGACAACGGAUUGUUUCGGAGACCGGCGAGGACAUCCUCGGCGGCGAAGGACUUCCCAGCAAGCAACGCAGAGUCGGAGCGGAGGGCAGGGACAACGAUCCGGAGAAGGGCGACGGAGACAGCUUCUCGGUCAGCGACUUCGAGGACCUGCAGAACUCCGUGGGCUCGCCCCUGUUUGACUUAGAUGAGGACGCCAAGAAGGAGCUAGACGAGAUGUUGCAAUCCACGGCUCCGCCCUACCACCACCCCCAUCCGCACCACGGCCAUCCCCACGCGCACCCCCACAGCCACCACCAUGCCACGAUGCACCACGCCCAUGCCCAUCACGCUGCCGCCGCAGCUGCCGCCCAUCAGCGAGCGGUGCAGCAGGCCAACUACGGCGGUGGAGUCGGCGUGGGCGUGGGCGUCGGCGUCGGAGUGGGCGUGGGCAGCGGCACGGGCAGCGCCUUCCAGCGGCAGCCAGCUGCCAGCGGAUUCCAUCAUGGCCAUCACCAGGGCCGCAUGCCGCGUCUGAAUCGCAGCGUUUCGAUGGAGCGUCUCCAGGACUUUGCCACCUACUUCAGCCCGAUCCCCAGCAUGGUGGGUGGUGUCUCGGACAUGUCGCCCUACUCGCACCACUACCCGGGUUACUCCUACCAGGCGAGUCCCUCGAACGGAGCCCCCACUCCCGGCCAGCAUGGUCAGUACGGAAGUGGGGCAGCGGCUCCGUUGCAGCCACCCCCACCACCGCCGCCGCACCACGCGGCCAUGCUGCACCACCCGAAUGCCGCUCUGGGCGAGAUCUGCCCCACCGGCCAGCCCCACUAUGGCCACAAUCUGGGCUCGGCGGUCAGCUCCAGCAUGCAUCUUACCAAUUCCAGCCAUGAAGCUGAUGGCGCCGCCGCAGCUGCAGCUGCCUACAAGGUGGAGCACGAUCUGAUGUACUACGGGAACACUUCUUCGGACAUUAACCAAACGGAUGGCUUCAUCAACUCCAUCUUCACCGAUGAGGAUCUCCACUUGAUGGACAUGAAUGAGAGCUUCUGUCGCAUGGUGGACAACAGCACCAGCAACAACUCCUCGGUUCUGGGCUUGCCCAGCAGUGGACAUGUCAGCAACGGCUCUGGCAGCUCGACUCAACUGGCGGCGGGCAAUCCGCACGGCAACCAGGCCAACGGAGCAACCGGCGGCGUGGGCCCAAUGAGCGGCUCGGCUGUGGGCACUGGAGCAGCGGGCAUGACUGCUGAUCUACUGGCCAGCGGCGGUGCAGGAGCACAGGGCGGUGCGGAUCGCUUGGACGCGUCCAGCGACAGUGCUGUCAGUUCGAUGGGUUCGGAGCGAGUGCCGUCCCUCUCCGACGGGGAGUGGGGCGAGGGCAGCGACUCGGCCCAAGAUUAUCAUCAGGGAAAAUACGGUGGCCCCUAUGACUUUAGCUACAACAACAAUUCGCGGCUGAGCACGGCCACACGUCAGCCGCCGGUGGCGCAAAAGAAGCAUCAGCUGUACGGCAAGCGGGAUCCCCACAAGCAGACGCCCUCGGCUCUGCCGCCCACCGCUCCGCCGGCCACUGCAACGGCAGUCCAGUCGCAGAGCAUCAAGUACGAGUUCGAUGCUGGCUACGCCUCCUCGGGAAUGGCCAGCGGUGGCAUCACCGAACCCGGAGCUAUGGGACCUGCUCUAUCCAAGGACUACCAUCAUCAUCAGGCCUACGGAAUGGGAGCCAGCGGCAGCAGCUUCUCCGGGGACUAUACAGUGCGACCUUCGCCAAGGACUUCGCAGGACUUGGUGCAACUGAAUCACACCUACUCGCUGCCCCAGGGAAGUGGAUCCCUGCCCAGACCCCAGGCACGCGAUAAGAAGCCGAUGGUGGCCACUAAGACCGCUUCGAAGGGAACGAGUGCCGGCAGCAGCAGCAGUGCCGGCGGAAGUAGCAGUGGCAUGGAGGACGAGCAUUUGACACGCGACGAGAAGCGUGCCCGAUCCCUGAACAUACCCAUUUCGGUGCAAGACAUCAUCAACCUGCCCAUGGAUGAGUUCAACGAGCGGUUGUCCAAGUACGACCUUAGCGAGAAUCAGUUGUCGUUGAUCCGGGACAUUCGUCGGCGGGGCAAGAACAAGGUGGCUGCCCAGAACUGCCGCAAACGCAAACUGGACCAGAUUCUAACCCUCGAGGAUGAGGUGAACGCGGUGGUCAAGCGCAAGACGGAGCUGAAUCAGGCCCGCGAUCAUCUGGAGAGCGAGCGCAAGAGGAUUUCGAACAAGUUUGCCAUGCUGCAUCGCCAUGUCUUCCAGUAUCUGCGGGAUCCCGAGGGCAAUCCCUGCUCGCCGGCGGACUACAGCUUGCAACAGGCUGCCGAUGGCUCCGUUUACUUGCUGCCUCGCGACAAGUCGGAGGGUAAUAGUACGGCCACCGCUGCCUCGAAUGCAGUGUCGUCGGCUGGCGCAGGAAGUCUGAACGGGCAUGGAGCCACCCAGGCGCCCAUGCAUGGCCAUCACAGCCAACACGGAAUGCAGGCGCAACAUGUGGGCAGUGGAAUGUCGCAGCAGCAGCAGUCGAGGUUGCCGCCCCACCUGCAACAGCAGCAGCCGCAGCAACAUCAUCUGCAGACGCAGCAACAGCAGCCGGGAGGUCAGCAGCAACAGCAGCACCGCAAGGAAUGAAAGUACCUGUUGCGUAUUGCCGCAACUAAGAGUUGGUUCACUAGCUUCCAGCGCGAGCAGCAGCAUCGAUCCGAGCAGCAGCAACAGCAGUUCGAUUACCGCUACGACAUGUUGAACAACAGUUACCUGUACUACUAAGCGGCGACUUGGUUACUCCUCUUCAGUACUAGUUGCAACAUGUUGCUGGCAACAUUUGUUGGACCUGCUGCUGUCGGCCAAUUUGAGCUGCCUCAUUCAUCGCACCAAUCCUCCUCCCAUUUAUGGUUUACUCAUUUAGUCAGCAUGAUUGUUAUUUAUUUUUUAAUUAAUUAAUUAUCUGGACUCGACCAGAGUUCGUCUUGCAAGUGGUUACCCCUUCCGGAGUGUGCGUGCGAAGCCUUUUUACUUAAUUGCAAUUACUAAAAAACAUUACUUGUGAUAAAUCAGUUUGUCAACUAUGAAUUCUUGGCGCCGCGGAACGCAAGCUCACAGACAAAAACCCAGAGAGAAACAGAGCCGAACCGAAUGUAAUCAAAUAUGCUUGAAAUGAAUUUGUAAAUCAGUAAACAACUCACAUUCACAAUCACCCAUUACUUAUCAACGCGUCGUCCAACAAUAUUUGAUGGUGAAACCGUUUACGUCUCUACUAUAUUAGCUUGUAAAAUAUGAAAACACAAAGAUGGAUGUAGAGAAAUGUAUAAAUUAGAUGAUAGGCACACAAAACACAAAAACAGUUGUAAAGGUUGAAAAAUAUUGCUGGACAUUUCAUGAAUUACGCCCGUAAAGCACUUAAUCGUAAGUUAUCAUCUAGUGAGAGAUCUACCACAUAGGUACAUAUUGUAAAUCGUUCUAAAUUCAUAAGGCAUUUAUCAAAAUCCCAUUCUCAAAAAGUAACACAAAUUAGCGUAUCAUUCGGGCUAGCUUUUAGCAUUUGUAAAUACAAAAUUAAACUUAGCUAACAUUUAACCAACCAGCACUAGGCUAUAGUAAGAGUGUGCUAAAACACCUCACAGAAACUAAAGAAAAAACAAAAAAAAAAGAGAAACAGAUACAAAAACUAAACAAAAAUAAUUGCCCUUGCUAGGGCGGCCCCUUAACUGUCCUGGUAACGGCUUAGUUGAUAAGCGAUUAAGAGAUAUUAAUAUUUAAUAUUCUUAAACACGUCCUAAAGCAUAAAGAGUUUAACUUUAAACUAAGCUACAGCUAUGCGUAAUGAUUAAACAUACAAAUACGAUAUCAACUUAAACAGAUCCGCUACGAAAACGAAACAAAAAUCUAUUGUUAAUAUAGGCAUAUGUAUUUUAAUUGUUGUAAUGAAUUUCGCGCACAUUUAAAGGUCGAUUUUCACAGGUCGAAAACGAAAACUUCGAAAUUCAUUGAAAAUGCGCAACUUUAAUAAAAGGAAUUAUUUGUUGUAAAUUGAAAUUUAACUAAAUAACUACUACUGUACUACUACGCCUACGGACAUAUAAAAUAAAUUAAAAGAACCCCUUCGCAUAUUCUAUUAACGUAAAUUUUGAUUAAAAGGGGAUCCGGAAUUGCAAAGAUCUCUGAGCUCCCCUUGACCAAUCAAUCCCCUGUACUUGUAUGUCGCUAUAUAUUUGUGUAUGUUUCAUAUGAGAAAUUUGUAUGCUUUAAAAAUGAUAAACUUUUCCUCAGCUAAACAAAGAAAACGUCAAAAUUAAAGAAAAACAACUAAAAAAUA